ACUCUUGUUAUUUUUUGUGUUUAUGCGAUGAAUUUACAAUAAUUGCCAACUUAAGCAUUUAUCCAGCUUAUCGGUUCUUACUACGUAUCUGAGGCGAAUUUUUUUCCAAUAUAUAGAAUAAAUCGAACAGUCGAAUGAUAUUUUCUAUCAUGCGUGAAUAUAUCCUGCUUACUUUGACCAUCAUUUUUAUCAGUCUGUCACAGUGUGAGGCACAAUCCUACGACGAUAAGAGAUGUAAAUGCAUUUGCCCCAGUCUGUCAUCAGUGUUAAACACAAGUCAAUCUUCUCCGGAGAGAUUAAACAUAAUCGCUAGCGUUGCACCGUCAAAAUGCAAUUGUGAUGGUGUGAUUCUGCCAUAUCUUGGAAAAGAAAUAAAGGGAAAGGAACAAAUUUUCUGCCCACGAUGUGAUUGUAAAUAUGAAAAUAGAAACACCACGAUAAUAAAGAUUGUUGUAAUCAUCGUUAUUUGGGUGAUCUCGCUGCUGGUUAUUUACAUGCUAUUCCUUAUAUGCUUGGACCCACUGCUCAAUAAGAGAAUACACAAAGGUGCAGCUAGUAGCAGCUAUCAAGAACAUACAAACGAGGAGGAUGAUAGCUCUAUCAGCCCUGGGACAUCUCAUGCCAUGGGGGUGAGAGGUAACGUUUUAAAUCGGGUUGGUCACCAGCAAGACAAAUGGAAACGUCAAGUUCGUGAGCAGCGGCGCAAUAUAUAUGAUCGGCAUACAAUGCUGAAUUAAAUCAUGAAUCGAUUCGUACCCGAAUGGUGAAAUCUUCGACUUAAUUAUUACCUGACAAAAGUAAGAUAAGUAUAUUUUUAUCAUUCUGGAUUAAUUGUAUCUUUGGACCUUGAAAAUUGAUUAUACUGAACUUGACUAGCCAUUAUUGUACACAGCAAGAUUUAUAGUUUGGCUACUCGAAUUUAUAUUACAUGUUUUAUUAUAGAUUGGCCUCUUACAAAAGUGUUCAUUUAAAAAUAAAGUAAACAAAGUUGAUUUAUUGUACAAUAUUUUCAUAUGCAUACGUGUACUUAUUCAGUUUCAUCUAACUGGAUUAUAGAUAUAUGACCAAUUACCCAAAGAUUCACGUAGUAAAGAAAUAUAGCAUAGCAACAUUAAA